GCUGAUUUCACAAUGUCUUUGGAUGAUAAGACUGUAUGCAACAGGAUUAUUAUUUAAACUAUAAUAUCGUAAUACUGCUGGUGCUAAGCCAUAUUAUUUUUACUAUGAUUUUUUCAUUGAAUGAGCUGGUUCACUGGUUAGGCUUAACAAUAUUUGAGAUAUGGAUCAAUUUAGUUUCCCUAACGAUUUUCACCAUAUUACUAGCUCUAAAGUUAGAUGACAAUUACUUCUUGGGGACGUCGGGAUGGUGGGCCGUAUUUUCGCCGCUCUUUGUAGCUGAUGGCUUGAACACAUACUUUUGCGCUAUUAUUUUUAUAAGAAUGUACAUGGAAGGAAUGAUCAAAAUGGGGAUCCUGCGCGCGCUAUGGAGUCUGGUGUCGUUACUUCUAGUCUUUGUCUUUAAAUAUCUCCUGUGUAAAAAACUCUCUGGGCAGAGUACGCUAGAAUACUCGGAAGUUUUGAGUCCCGUAUUCAUUCUCCUGCAGCUGAUCGCGGUUAGAGCUUGUCAGCUACAUUGAACAAGCAGACAGUUGUUUCUUACUGUACAAUAGAUCUUCCAAAACAGUUAUAUGUAUAUAUAUAUACGUAUUAUAUCAUUUUUUUUAUAUGUAACAUAUGGUAGUUGUAUAUAUCACAUACAUACAUUUUGUCAAACUUAUAUUAUCUAGAUUAAAGAAAAUGCUUAGAAAAUAUUUUGUCUCUCUAUGAACGUCGGUUAAUAGUUUUAUUUCCUACCUAGCAUAAGUUGAUUUAUUGUUGAGAUUUGGUAGAGAUAUGUAUAUUAUACAUAUGAUAUGAUUUUAAUAAACGUGUUUCUCAGAGAAUUUUUUUAGAAGAUGACAAAUGUAAUAUAAGAUUAUUAAUUAAGAUAAUAUAAUUAUACGUUAACAAG